AUGAGAUUCAUCUCUGCUUGCUACUUGCUGCCUCUCUUUCCUGCACUGGUCUUCAGCGCUAGGCAGGGCUAUGAAGAACUGGAAAGACAGCUGAAAGAAGUCUUUAAGGAAAGGAGCAAUAUCCUUCGUCAACUGUCGAAGACUUCUAAAGAACUUGAGGGAAUUAAAGUAAACCUCCAGUCUUUGAAAAAUGAUGAAGCAUCAGCCAGAAAUGAUGUGCAGAAGCUUCUGGAACUGGGCCAAAAGCAAAGGGAAGAAAUGAAAUCUCUCCAGGAAGCCUUUCAAAAGCAGCUUAAUGAGGCAACUGAGAAAGCAGAAAAGCAGCAGGCUACCAUUAACUUUCUGAAGACUGAAAUGGAAAGGAAGAGCAAAAUGAUCCGUGACCUCCAAAAUGAGAACAAAAGCCUCAAAAACAAGCUCUUGUCAGGGAACAAGCUUUGUGGGAUUCAUGCAGAAGAGUCAAAAAAGAUCCAAGCCCAGCUGAAAGAGCUUCGUUAUGGGAAAAAGGAUUUGAUUUUUAAGGCACAACAGCUAACAGAUCUGGAGCAAAAGCUAGCAGUUGCAAAAGAUGAAUUGGAAAAGGCAGCCCUUGACAAAGAGUCACAGCUGAAAGCUCUGAAGGAGACCGUGCAGCUUUGCCUGUCUUCCGUUCUGCGCAGUCAGCCUCCUGCUACAAAUCUAAUCCCUUCAAAACCAGCUGAGAAGCUGACAUCCCCAGUUACAAAGGGCUCAAAAGUUCCACUUCAAGUGACAAGCACCAAGCGAAAUGCCUCAGCGGAGAAAGAGAAUCUUCAUGUGGCCUCAAGAAAGGAGGAAAAUCGGAGCAUCCAGGAGUGCGAUUCGCAAGAUGUUGGCAAGACAUGUUUGGGGAAUCUCAAUAAUUCAACAUCUCGUUUGAAGACAGAGACAGAGACAAGCUUUCAGAAGUUGCACAACCCUCCGUGGACUAAACCCGAAGAUAAAAAAUCACCUGAAAGAAAUGAGAAAAAAUUUGAAGAGUCUGUUAGUACAAAAGAAAAAAAACUCUAA